GGCGGCAUGACAUCAACAGCGGUAGAGCAGGCAACUUUAGGCCAGUAUUUCACUCAAAGAAAAGGCCUGGAAGAUGUCCACCCUGCAAAGCGAAGAAAAGUAGAUACGAGUGGAGUUGAGGGCGAAGUUGCGGUCAGACGCAGUGAAAGAUCAAAGAAACAAGCGGCGUCCUUUCAGAGCAAGAUCAGUACACGAUCAUCCAAAGCUUCUAAGAGAAAUGCGAAGGUAAUCCUGAAGGAGAAGAGUGUACAGACUCCAGCCAAAGAGAGGAGCGAUUCUACCUCUUUGUUCGAUGAUCACGCUUUUGCAGAAGCUUUGAUCGGGAAACUGACCGAUGCGCAGAGAAAGCGCAAGAUAGUGGCGUCCUCGAGACAAAGAGACGACGCCAUUACGAGCGCUCCCAAAGAAAAUAGCUCGGAAGAAGGUUUGCAGGGGCAAAUAAACGAGAGCGAGAAUGAAUCUAGGCCAAAGAUUAGGCGAAGAAUUGCGAAAUAUUCUAAAACAACAGAGCGGUCAAUAAAUGGUGAGAAAUCCACUGAUCUCGACGCUGCGGAGUUGGUCAAUUGCAAUCCUUCUCAAUCGAAGGAAGAAUCGUCCAGUGACGGGAAGUCGUUUGGAAUGAACGCUCCUGAGGAGAAGGCAACAAUGGUAUCUCCUUUGAAAACGCCUCCAGUCGUGAGAAGAGUCGGUAGCGGUCUUAAAGCGGAUCCCUGGAUCGCAGAACAGGCCAAAAUGGUCCAUAGCCGUGGAAGAGCAGCGGUUAAUUUAAGCCAGAGAAGAAGAGGCAAGGAAGAUGUCAAGCAGCAGGCUGGUGCGACUAAGAAAAGUUGUUCAGUGGAAAACUCCAAAGUCUCAAUGAAGAAGGCUCAAGAGGAUCUAGCCAAGGCAAGAAAACUGAUUAGGAGCAUGAGAUCAUUGGAGAAAAGUGUUCCCAAAUCAUCACUGUCUUGUACUGAAGAUAAAGGAUUGAGGCUUCAUCAGAUGGCUAAAAAGAACAAUGAUACAGAAAAAUCACAGAGUUUGAAAGAUGCUCCAGCCUAUCAAAGGUUCCAUGCCUUGGCUCAGCCUACUCCAUCAGAGGCUUCUUCUACAACUCUACCCCUCCCCUAUAAGUACAAGGUGCUGGCUGAGAUGUUCCGCUGUACUGACACCAUCCUGAAUUUGCUGGGACAGCGAAAGGAGAAGUGUACAUUUACUAAACUCCGGGAUGCAGUGCAGCAGAUGUCAAGAAAGCGAUUUGAGAAGAAGCAUCUGGCACAAAUGAAAACAGUUUAUCCAGGAGCCCUUGAAUUCCAUCAAGACAAAUGUCUGGGCAAGUCUUCAUCAUUUGAGUUGAUUAUUGAGUUUGGAAAAACUGAGGAAGCACUCAGCAAACUUACACUGACAGCCACUGAGCUGUUGGCAAGAAGGGAUACCUUCCAGAAGAAUCUGCUACAGACAACUAAGAGGCAUCAUCAGGAUUUCCUCUCCAACCUCAGCCCAUCUUUGUCAGUUGAUGAUAACAAAAUCAUGCGCUGGCAUCCAAAGUUUCACCUUGAUGAAGUGCCAGAUGUAGAGGAAGGCAAGCUCCCACAGCCUCCGGUGGUAAAGACCUACAGUAGCGCCAAUGACGUCUUGGAAAAAGCACGUGACAUGAUAGCACCAAGGGUUGAGAAAGCACUGAAGGCAGUUGCUUUGAAAGAACAAGAGGGAGAGGAGUUGACAUCAGCAAACAAGAACAAAAACUUGCCAGAAAAGAAAGAGGUGACAAAGUCUACAGAAGAGAUGCAAAGCAAAAAUAAUUUAAAGAAUAAAGCUGCCUUGAAGGGAAUCUCACAAGAUCUACUGAACAAGAUUAGGCAGAAAGAGGCAAAGAAAAUAGAAGAAAGUCUGAUGCGAGAUCCCUUAGUUGACAAGAAGCUUGCCAUGAAGGAACGCCUUCCUGAACUAUGCAGAAUACUCAAAGCUUAUUUCUCUGCUGAGCGCAAAGCUGCUAUACCCCUGGAGGAUGCAACAGUGAAACUGUCAGACAGCUACAAGACAUCUCUGUCUUCAGUGCAAGUUGAAGAACACAUCAGAUUCAUGUCCCAGCUUGUACCAGAAUGGAUCUCACUUCUCACAGUUAGGAAAUGUGCCUAUAUCAAGAUCAACAAGACUGCUGAUGUGAACAAUGUGAUAAACAAACUCAUUACAAAAGAAAUUCAGUAACACAAAGUGCUCGUUUUUUUUACAAGAUGUUGUCACCUAAUGAAUCUCUCAGGAAGAGGACACAAUGCUAACCAUCGCUCAAUUUUGGGGCAUUUUUUAUGAAACUUUUUCAAAGUUCAGUUGUU